AACAACAACCAGAGGGAUGAGCUACUGACAUUCCACACUCCCCGACCGACGCGCCCUUUUUCCCCUCAUCCAAGGAAGCGCGCCGCCGUGCGGCCUCCGAUCCGCGGCGCGUCGCGUCCGCCGAUGACGAGGGCCCACCUACCGGCGGCGGCGGCGGGGGCGGCGCAGCGGCGGCCGACGGUGGCGCUGCUGCUGGGCCUGGCGCUCGCCUUCUGCCUCGCCGUCCUCUCCAUCCAGUCCUCCUUCUUCGCCGCCCCAGGGGCGCCGAGCAGGAGGCUGGAUCUGGACGCCGACGACGUGCGCGAGCUCGAGGGGUUCCAGUCCCGCGUCCAGCAGUGCGUGGCCAGCAGAGGACUUGGUCUCACAGCAGAUAUUGUUGAUCAUUGCAAGCUGGUCCUUAAAUUUCCUGAAGGAACCAACAGCACCUGGUAUAACACCCAGUUCAAGAUUUUUGAACCUCUAGAAUACAAGUAUGAUGUCUGCGAAGCUAUCCUAUUGUGGGAACAGUACCGCAACAUGACAACUGUAUUGACAAGGGAAUACUUGGAUGUGAGGCCUGAUGGAUGGUUGGAUUAUGCGGCUAAAAGGAUCGCACAGCUUGGUGCUGAUAAAUGCUACAAUCGUACUCUCUGUGAUGAGCUUCUUAGCAUUUUACUGCCUGCUAAACCCCCUUUCCAUCCACGCCAGUUCGCGACGUGUGCAGUUGUUGGUAACUCAGGAGAUCUCUUGAAAACAGAGUUUGGACAAGAGAUUGAUGCACAUGAUGCAGUGUUUCGGGACAAUGAGGCACCUGUGAAUAAGAAAUAUGCUAAACAUGUUGGAUGGAAAAGGGACUUUCGACUGGUUGUGCGGGGUGCUGCUCGAAAUAUGGCACCAAUACUGAAGGGCUCCUCCAAUGAGGCACUUAUCAUUAAAAGUUUGACGCACAAAGAAAUCAAUGCGGUGAUAAAGGAACUUCCAAAUCCUGUCUACCUUUUUCAAGGUAUAGUUUUAAGAAGAGGUGCUAAAGGAACUGGCAUGAAGUCCAUAGAACUGGCCCUUUCCAUGUGUGAUAUUGUUGACAUGUAUGGUUUUACAGUUGAUCCUGGCUACACAGAGUGGACACGGUAUUUCACAGGUCCUAGGAAAGGACAUAAUCCACUGCAAGGCCGAGCAUAUUAUCAACUUCUGGAAUGCCUUGGGGUCAUUCGUAUCCAUUCUCCCAUGAGAGCACAAAGGGUGGAAGAUUGGUCAGACAUACCAAGCAAAGAAGAGAUCAGAAGAGCACACGCUGCAGCUUUUCAUCUAAAAAAGCAUGAAACUGGCCAGUCGGCUGAACUGGGGCCAUUUAGUAAUUGCAAGGUAUGGGGAACAGUUGACCCUGACAAUGGACCGGUAUCAGGUACUUCAGAUAUGAGUGAGACACGCAAGAAUUCAAACUACAGCAAGUGGGAGUUACUUCCACUUGAGAAGCUGAGAAGAGAAGCUCAGGAACACCAUAUCCAAAUGGGUGGCGUGUCUCUGUACAAGAUGGAUGGAAACAAGUUGGAUGAUCUUGUCUGUGUAAGGCACCAGCGUUCAUCAAGUUAAGACCGUGGCACCUGAGCUUGACCAAAGAAACACUUUUAGGAUUGGUUUCAUGGUGGUUCUGAAAGGAUGAUAUAGAGCAAGAGUCAAAACAUCCAAUGAAACUGCAUGCGCUACUGAAUCCACUUGUAAAAUUACAUGGGGCAUCGGGUUCAGAGAGCAGCAGUCCUACCUGGAAUAGGGAAUUCUUUUAUUGGUUGUUUAGGUACUUCUAGCCUUCUAGGAACAGCUACUUAACAAGCUGUCUAAGGGGUUGUUAUGUAGACGGCACAUGACAUGGUUUUCAGUUUUUGACACAGCUGUAACUAAAUGCUGAAGGGUCUUGCCAUUUCUCAAUUAUGAGGUGCAGUUUUCUCACCGA